GUGACGAACGUUUGUUUUCACUCACUUGGUCCAUACACGAGGAAUUCAGCUGGCAUUAUGGAGAGAACUGAAGUAAUCAAACCACAAACGCUAGAUGAUCUUAUCAAAAUUUUGCACAAGAUCUUUGAAAGCGACAAAGUUAAUAUCGAGGAGGUGCAGGACAUCAUGGAGGCAUAUGAAAGCAAUCCUCAAGAAUGGAGCAAAUUCGCGAAAUUUGAUCAGCACAGGUACACCAGGAACCUGGUAGAUGAGGGGAAUGGGAAGUUCAACCUGAUGAUCCUGUGUUGGGGAGAGGGUCAUGGCAGUAGUAUCCACGACCACACAGACUCCCAUUGCUUCAUGAAGCUGCUUCAGGGCCAGUUGAAAGAGACACUGUUUCAGUGGCCAGAACAAGAGUCCCACGGUGAUAUGGUUCAGAAGUCCCAGAGGAUCUUAGUGGAGAACCAAUGUGCCUACAUCAAUGAUUCCAUAGGCCUUCACAGAGUGGAGAAUGUAAGUCACACAGAGGUUGCUGCGAGUUUGCAUCUGUACAGCCCACCCUUCAAGCAAUGUCAGACCUUCGACCAGCGAACAGGACACAGAAACUCAGUCAAGAUGACGUUCUGGAGCAAAUUUGGAGAGAGAACUCCAUUUGCAGCUACAUUAUCACAGGAGAACAACUGAGAUGCCCAGAGAGAGUUGAGGUAGAACUGCGUUUGGAGAGCCUCUCAGACCAAUAAACGAAAACAAAACAGGCACAACACAUGAGCAAAGAAGCUAAAAGCUAAAGUAAAGAAUUUAAAUCAAAUGAAAUAAAUGGACUGAACAGAACAACCCCUUUUGUUAGAAAAAGAUUCGCAGAAAAGAGAGGGUAGUUGGAAAGGCCAGGGCAGCAAUUAACUAGGCUUUACCAUCAGCCAGUGUGAGCCUGGCCCGUGAGGCAGAGCACUGGCCGAGCAGGGUGAAUAGUGGCAUUAGCUUGGGCUGCAGAAUGAAGCUGCUCUUUGUCUGAUAUGUUUGAGAAGAGACCCCCACCCCUCCCCAACUCCCCCCUCCACCAUCCAACAGCAGCAUUCCGAUGGGUCUGGGACCUGCUGGGAGGGACCCGCAUUGGGAGUGUUACAGGGCUCCGCAUGUUGGCCGGGCCGUGUGAGAAAUCAGAGAUGUUUGGAAGAGAAAAAAACAGAACUACAAAUGCCCCCAAAUGAUCAAUAUCCAGCUGGUACUUGUGUAUAGAUGACCGGGUGCACUUUGUGUCCGACACUUGUUGAUUUCUAUGUUCAAAUGUAUGUGAGAACCACAUGUUGAGGGCUUAUGUGAUGAGUUGAGUCUGUCCAUUUCUGGAAUUUUUGUAAUUGACAUGAGUGAAGUUCAAAAGUGUACACAGUAGACCUACAUGUGUUUUAUAAAUUGCAAUGCCAAAUGACAAUCUGCGAUGUUUUAGUGUUAAUUUGGUCUUGUUGUUUUAGUGUUAAUUUGGUCUUGUUGUUUUAGUGUCAAUGUGAAUGUGUAUUUAAAGUAGAAUUGCAGUUUUUAGUUUUACGGUAGACUCGAAGCGCUUAAUAGAUGAGGUGUUAUUUUCUCUCAGGAUUUGGCCUGUUGGUAUAAACUGUAGUAUUUAUAGUAAGCGAUGUUGAAAAAUAGACCUUUCAGUUUUAAAUAAUUGUCUAGAGAAAACUUUGAUCACAAUAAAGAAUUACUGCUUUGAAUGUAGGUCAUUAAAUAUAAUCUGUGAAAUGCCAA